AUGGCUUCUCUUCUCCGCUGCAACGGGGUCUCCCUCUUCCCCUUACCCCCCCAACCCACACGCCACCCCAAAUUCCUUCUCCCCCCAACCCUAAACAUCAAACCCCCAAAACCGUCACGCCACGUCACGGUCCGCGCUGAGGUGAAAGAGACCUCUGCAACCGCCACUUCCACCGACGAGAAGAUCCGCGAAAUCCUCCGCAAUCGCGACUACGACAAGAAGUUCGGAUUCACCGUUGACAUCGAUUCCUUCUCAAUCCCAAAAGGACUCUCCAAAGAAACCAUCCGUCUGAUCUCAUCCCUGAAAGAGGAACCGCAAUGGAUGCUGGAAUUCCGAUUAAAGGCCUUUGACAAAUUCCUCUCCAUGAAAGUCCCUACCUGGUCCGACAACACCUACCCUCCCAUCGAUUUCCAGGAUAUCUGCUACUACUCGGCUCCCAAGAAGAAACCCUCCCUGCAAUCCCUCGACGACGCCGAUCCCGAACUCCUCCGCUACUUCGACAAGCUCGGCGUCCCUCUCAACGAGCAGAAGCGUCUCGCCAACGUCGCCGUCGACGCCGUACUCGACAGCGUCUCCAUCGCCACCACCCACCGCAAAACCCUCGAGAAGGCCGGUGUCAUCUUCUGCUCCAUCUCCGAAGCCAUUAAAGAGUACCCUGAAUUAGUCCGCAAGUACUUAGGAAGGGUCGUGCCCUCCGACGACAACUACUACGCCGCCUUGAACUCCGCCGUCUUCAGCGACGGCUCGUUUUGCUACAUUCCCAAAGACACCAAGUGCCCGAUGCAGAUCUCCACCUACUUCAGAAUCAACGCGCUGGAGACGGGGCAGUUUGAGCGAACUCUGAUCGUCGCCGACGACAGGAGCUUUGUGGAGUAUUUGGAAGGGUGCACUGCGCCGUCUUAUGACCGGAACCAGCUCCACGCGGCGGUGGUGGAGUUGUACUGCGGGGAGGGGGCGCAGAUAAAGUACUCGACGGUACAGAAUUGGUACGCUGGGGAUGAGAAUGGGAAUGGUGGGGUUUACAAUUUCGUGACGAAGAGAGGGGUGUGUGACGGGGCGAGGUCGAAGAUAUCGUGGACGCAGGUGGAGACGGGUUCUGCGAUCACGUGGAAGUAUCCGAGUGUUGUGUUGGAGGGAGAUGAUAGUGUUGGGGAGUUUUAUUCUGUUGCUUUGACGAAUAACUAUCAGCAGGCUGACACGGGGACCAAGAUGAUACACAAAGGGAAGAACACGAGGAGUAGGAUUAUCUCCAAGGGUAUAUCGGUUGGACAUUCCAGGAACUGUUAUAGAGGCCUGGUUCAGGUUCUGUCCAAGGCGGAUAAUGCUCGAAACUCAUCGCAGUGUGACUCUAUGCUUAUUGGGGACAAUGCAGCUGCUAAUACCUAUCCUUACAUCCAGGUGAAAAAUCCAACAGCAAGAAUUGAACAUGAAGCUAGUACUUCCAAAAUUGGAGAAGAUCAAUUGUUCUAUUUUCAACAAAGGGGAAUAGACUAUGAAAAAGCAAUGGCCGCAAUGAUCUCUGGGUUUUGCCGUGAUGUGUUCAAUGAGCUUCCUGAUGAAUUUGGUUCUGAGGUGAACCAACUUAUGAGCUUGAAGCUCGAGGGUUCAGUAGGUUAA